AUGGAGCAAUUAAAAGCAUUGACAAAAGGGCGCGCCAGACUCAAGGCCAAUAUCACACGGAGCUUGGCUUGGUCUGAGGACGCGCAACAUUCGAACGCCACACGGGCAGAGGUGUCUUCGCGGCUGGAGCAUCUCAACACAAUUUGGAAAGACUUCACAAGAUUUGGUGAUGAAAUAGCUAUGCUAGACGAAGUAGAUGGCUAUGUGGAUCCGGAGAAUGACAACAUAUUCUACGAGGAAAAAUAUCUAAGGGCGCAUGCAUUACUUUCGGCGAUGGCUGCGAAUCUGGUACGACAUUUGGCUAUUACGGAUUCAGCUUACAACACUGCGUGGGAGCGACUUAAUGAAAGAUAUAAUCGUCCACGGCACAUCGUGAAUUCACUAUUGGAGCAGUUUAUGAAGCUGCCAACAACAACAAGGUCGGAUACAGCAACAUUACGAAAGGUGUCAGACGGCGCAAAUGAAAUAGUGCGUGGUCUGGAUGCCAUAGAGGAAACAGGAAGAGACUGUGGGAUCAUCUACUUGACGCUGGAGAAGCUGGAUGCAGAUACUCGACGCAGGUGGAUCGAGCGCAGUGUGGAAACAGACUCACCCACACUGGAAGAAUUCUUCAAAUUUUUGGAUGCACGUUGCGAGGAACUAGAGCUCAGCAAGCGUGAAACAAUCGGAGGCAAGACUACAGCCUCAAUCGGUGACAAGACAAGGAAGGUCACACAUUCGUUGGUUGUACUUGAAGGAAACAAGUGCAGCAAAUGUCAUUCUACAGAGCAUCGUCUGUAUGGAUGCCAACAAUUCUUGGAUAUGUCAGCAGGACAGAGGUUUUCGUUUGCCAAGGAAAACGCUCUAUGUUACAAUUGUCUGAAUCCUGGUCAUGGGGUCAGAAAAUGCAAAUCCACGUUCAAGUGCAGACAAUGUAAAGGUCAGCAUCACUCACUGUUGCACCUGCAACGCACGCAACAGGCUAUUGGAACAAUCGCACAAACUGGUGAGGAUCAGGAGGAUCCUAGCGCAAACAUCUCAACGGUGACUACGAGUCACAUCGCACAAGCAGAAGGCUCUGCAGCAAUUGUAUGUGCACAAGGCAGUGCAAAUUCACAACAAUCAACUGGAUGGAACAGGAGCACCUUGCCGACGGCCAUGGUCAACGUUCGCAACGCAAAGGGAGAUUUGGUAGCAUGCCGACUCCUAUUGGACACGGGUUCAGAACUGUCGUACAUAUCUGAACGCUGUAUACAAACACUUGGUUUGGCUCGUACGCCAUCACGCAUACUGAUUACGGGAAUUUCAUCAACCAAAGCAGACACUACAAGGGGAUGCAGCACUAUAAGCAUCCAAUCCCGUAUUUCGCAAGAUCAGCUGGUAGUCCAGGCUCAUGUGCUUGGAAAAAUUACGUCAUCAUUGGAAAGGCAGGCCAUCGACGCGUCUGCACUUCGAGGUUUCAACGAUCUGCAACUGGCAGAUUCACAAUUUAGCACGAAUGCCCCAAUUGACAUUCUUUUGGGCAGCGAACACGUUUGGAGUGUUAUAACUGGGAGAAAGAUCUACGACGACAAAGGAAAGCUCAUUGCUAUAUCAUCAAUUUUCGGAUGGGUAAUUACAUCACUGCUUUCAUCACGCGCAUGCAGCGCUACGGCACUUACAACAACAAUAGACAUCGAUGCUUAUCUCAGAAGGUUCUGGGAACUGGAAAGCAUACAACGCAAAGCAGAAGUUCAACCUGAAGACGAGGAGGUGGAGAAACACUUUCUUGCAACACACACUCGAGACAAACAAGAUACACUUCAAGGAGCGCAGCAGAGGUUCAAAUCAGUUGAACGACGUUUAGCACAGAAUCAACAAUUACGUAACGACUACGUAAAGUUCAUGAGGGAAUACCAGGAGCUAGGAUAUAUACGAGAAAUCCCACCGAGCGAAAUUCCCAAGGGUAGGAAUUUCUACCUGCCACAUCAUCCCGUAUUGGGUCGGAAACUUCGAGUGGUUUUCGACGCAUCAUAUCAAGACGCCAAAGGCAUGGCUUUAAAAGACACGCUCUCGAUCGGACCGAGUAUUCAGCGAGACCUAUUUGCUGUGUGCUUGCGAUUCCGUAUGUACAAAUACGUCUUUUCAGCGGACAUAGUCAAGAUGUUCCGUCAAAUCUGGGUGAGCGAAAAACAUAGAGACUAUCAGAGAAUAGUAUGGAGAGAGGAUCCGUCAGAUCCUAUCAAGCACUUCCAACUAUGCACGGUGACGUAUGGAACAUCAUGCGCACCAUUUCUAGCAGUCAGAGUGCUAGAGCAACUAGCUGCUGACCAUAAGCACGAGUUUCCAAACGCAGCAAAAAUCGUGUUGGAAGAUUUCUAUGUCGACGACGUUCUCACUGGAGCAAAUAGUGAGGAUGAGCUGCUACGCAACAGGGACGAACUCGUCCGACUGAUGUCCUGUGCUAACCUAGAGCUCGGGAAAUGGGUAUCGAAUACCAAACGCAUCAAACCAAAGGAUAACACGGAUUCCUCACAAUCACCAGUCAAAGUGCUUGGGCUGCAGUGGCACCCUGGAGAGGACACAUUGUCGUACAAUGUAAACCUAUCGAAAUAUUCUAGCCGAGUGGUUAACGACGAUGGAACCAUUUCGGUCGCCAUACCUGGUGCAAAAACAAGAGUGGCACCUUUGAAGCAGCAGUCUUUGCCGCGCCUGGAACUAUGUGGCGCACUUCUAUUGAGUCAACUUCUGCAAUCCAUAAAAGCUGGACUAAUGAACAACGACAUCAAGGCAGCAAGGAUUCGAUGGCUGCAACAAGCUCAAGCUGGUUUUCAACAGGAGAUCCAGUUACUACGCGCAAACAAGGCUCUAGGGAACCAAUCUCAAUUGGUCAAGAUCUUACCAAUCAUCGACAAGGACAACCUGCUAAGACGUUGCGCUCGUCAAGGAGUCCAACACACCACCAGCAUCAUGGCAACUAGCGAAGGUGAUCGACACUUAACAAGGAAAGGACAAUAUGGUUCGAGCAGUCAGGAUCAUCCGGCUCAAAACCCGGCCAAUAACUAA